GGAUUUUAAAAAAUACUAUAAUCGCCUACUUUAAAUAAUUCAUAUAAUGCUAGAAUUCUACAAAGUACAUGCCAAAGAAGAUGAUCAAUAACUUUGAUUUUUUUUUUUUUUUUUAAUCUCAAUAGAGAGUACAACAAAUCUAACAAGACAUUUUAAAAGACCUUUCAAUAUGCAACAACCUAUAUUUGAAAAAUAAAAAAUAAAAAAAUAGAAAAGUGGGAUUCUCCCAACCACCAUAAAAUUUGGGGGAAAAAAGAAACGACUUCCAAAACAAAUAGAUAUCAAGAAAAACUACUGGUGUUUAUCCAAAAUCCAAGUUCAUGGCUCGUGUUAUCCCCUCAACUUUUUCUCUCUACAGCUCUUCUACUCCCUCAUUUUUCCCACGAAAUCCAACUAAAAAUUCUGUUUCUUACAAUCUUAUUCAUAAAACUUCUCUUUGGCUUUGCAAUGCCAGCAAGAAACCCGGCUUCUUCGAUCAAAUUCUCGACUAUAUUGAAGGUGGGCCUAAAUUAAGAAAAUGGUAUGGAGCACCUGAUCUCCUCCCAAAGGAUGGAUCAAUAAUAGCAGAAGAUGAGGGUGAUGAAACUGAGGUAGAAGAGGCCAGAGAUGCUGUUCUAGUAACUGAUGGCGAUAGCGAAAUCGGCCAGAUGGUGAUUUUGUCCUUGAUUGUAAAACGAACCCGAGUGAAAGCACUGGUUAAAGAUAGGCGUGCUGCUCUAGAAGCCUUUGGAACCUACGUCGAGUCAUUGGCCGGAGAUGCAACUAAUACCACCUUUUUGAAGAAGGCCUUGAAGGGUGUUCGUGCGGUUAUAUGCCCAACUGAAGGUUUCCUGUCCAAAGUUGGGAACUUGCAAGGAGUCCAACAUGUUGUUCUCUUAUCUCAGUUAUCUGUGUACAAAGGUGCUGAUGGCAUUCAAGCUCUUAUGACAAGCAAUGCAAAAAAGUUGGCUGAACAAGAUGAAUCAACCCUUCUGGCUUCAGGAAUCCCCUACACUAUUAUCAGAACUGGCUCUCUGCAAGAUACCCCCGGCGGAACACAAGGAUUUAGCUUUCAAGAGGGUAGUGCAACAAAGGGAAGUCUCGGCAAGGAAGAUGCCGCGUUUGUAUGUGUCGAGGCACUGAGUUUAGUACCGGAGAAUGGGUUCAUAGUUGAGGUAGUCAACGGAGAGGAGAAGGUUUCAGACUGGAAGCUGCAACUCAGAGAGCUAAUGGAGAAGAAGGGCAAAGGUCAAGGAUGAUGGCUAACCAAUUCAUGACAUUUUGAGAAUCAACCAGAACCUCAGAGAAAGGAUGAAAAUUUAUUUUAUGAUCAAUUAAGUUGUAUUACAAGUAAAUUAUUUGACUUAUAGCUGGUUUUAUUCUAUGUUAAAAUUGCUAGUGAAUAUACAUCAAUUGCAAAUUUGCUUGUACCA